ACGAUUGUGAUUGCUGCUGCUGCUGCUUUUGCUGCUUGGCCGCUUGUGCAUCAACGGCUCGAUCGACAGCCAUCAGCAGAUCCCCUCGCUGCAUCGACGAUUGCGACCGGCUGUCAAGCAGAUCCGUCUUCCAGCUUCGCGCUCCAUCCUUCCGCGUCCGCCAUCGUCCCUGCAGCUGGAGCCUCAUCUCCCCAACCCCGACCCUAAACGUCAGAAGUGAACAAACCUCGGGCCGCCUUCAAACAUCUUGCACGUGGGUCCAUCUCAUCAUAACAAGAGGCCAUGGCCAGUGCGCCGUCCCCUAGAGUGCGUCCGCGCGCUGAUGCGGAUCACACAGGCUAUCGGUCGUCCUCAACGCAGGGCGUGGCGAGCGGUGCUUCGACCUACGAGCAAGGAUCGGUAGCAUCGCACGCCUCCUCAUCUGGCCUGCAAGGAGCGGGACCGAUGAGCAGCCAUACGUCUAGCGGUGUGCACAGCGCGGUCAGCGGAUCUCGCAACCACAUUCCUCUUUCUCUUGCCGAUGCCCUAGCUCGAGCCGGGGACGAUAUGACGCGUGCGCUGGACGAAGUGCUGGCAGAGCGCAACAAGUACUGUCUGGAAGCAGCCAAGCUGUCGGGCGAGAAUAUGCGCAUCUGGAAUCUGCUGGGUCGUAUUCGCAAGGAGAAUGAGACGCUGAAAGCGCUCCAUGGCGGACCGUCUCGGAGCGGAUCACAGGUCAGCUCCGUAGCCGCCGCUGCCGCAGGACAAGCAGUCAGUGCUUCGGAAUCGAGGCUCAAGACACUCCACAAUGAAAGCGCAGCUGGGGCAGGACUCGAGGGCUCAGCGCGCUCAGCCAGUCUGGACAUCUCGGACAAGUCAGCUGGCAAUUCAUUGGCAGUCCGGCCGGGCAGGUCGAGCAAGCGUCCUUCUACUGGGGACAGCACCAAGCCAGCGUCUAGAGACGGCGCCACCUUUUCGGCCCGAUCACCAGUCGCGUCCACCGCGCAUGCUGGCCACGCUCAUACGAGCAGUGCAGGUGCCGCAACGCCGACCGCGACCACCUUUGGCUUCCAAUCGACGGCCGACUCUGGUCGGCACAAUAUUGGCGGGGACAGCUCACACAGCGAGGCGGAUCUAUCGAUGGCCAGCACCAGCGCGACGCACGAUUCCAUCAUGGCUCAGCGUGCCGCUGCGCAGAAGCGAUCGGAGGCUCCCGAGUCGUCCGAAGAUGCUAUCAGGGCCGGUGGAGAGGAUGUGGAAGAUUUUGACGCGGUAGAUGGGUCGAGCAUUGGAGAUGACACUGCAGAUCGGUCGGCGCCUGGAAGUGCAUCCAUGCAUACGCCUCGACAAGCGCCCUCCCAAAGCUCUCCAUGGCAGUCUAGGCUGCAGGCUCCAGCCGACAUUACCGGACCAUCAUCGAUGUCCACCAGCCCCAGCAUGAGUGAUGCGGAUCGAGGAGACGCAGCGCACCAAACGGCACCAACGUCUGCCCGUAUGUCAUCGCCGCUGCUCGAUGCGGCCACGCUUCAAAGAGUCAAACUGCACGUGGAAAGCUCUAAGCUGCGGCCAAAUGAGCGUGGCCGAGAGUUGAUCACCUUUGUUAUAGCAGUCGAGAUCCGCCAAUCCAAUCCGCAGAGCUCUGCCAGGAACUCUGCUCACGGGCCGCUCACUGCCUGGAAGGUGGAAAAGCUGUAUUCGAACGUGUUGUCACUCGAUGCCAGGUUGAAGCAAAAGCACGGAAAGGCAGCGGCGAGGCACUUGAGCUCGGCCCAGCUCCCUGAUCGGGGACUGUUCAGGGAUCAUGCGCCAUCGAAGGUGGACCAACGCAAAGCGAUCCUCGAGUAUUACCUCCAAACGCUCUUGACCGCAGAGCUCUCAGACAUGAGCGAUGUGUGCACAUUUCUGUGCACCGAUGUGAUCCCGCCCAAAGCCCGCGAUCCUGAGGCGAUCGCGAUGGAAGGGUUCUUGACAAAGAAGGGUCAGAACGUUGGCAAAUGGGUGACGCGCUACUACGUCGUUUCGGACGAUCGUCUCAUCUAUUACGAUCAGCCUGGCGGCACGCAGUUGGGUGCAAUCAGCAUCGCUGGUGCGCAGAUAGGCCGUCAACAACGAAGCUCCUCUGCAGAGAUGGAUGAGAAUUCAUACCGGCACGCCUUCCUGAUUCUCGAGACGCGUCCACCUCUGACGCGAAGCGAGGCUGCCCAGGCUCCUGUCCGUCAUGUGCUGUGCGCCGAAAAUGACGCGGAGCGCGACGAGUGGGUCGACGUCCUCGUACGCGCUGUUAGCCACAUCGAUAGAUGCAAGGUCGCGCGGGAGCAAGCUGCGAGGCUCGCGCGAGACCCUGCCACCACUGCUGCCGCUGGUGGAGCGUCUGGCUCGGCACCGCCCGGGACUGGCGCAUCCUUGGCCGAUCGCUCAAAUACUUCGCGAUCCGGCUCGCUAGGCGAGCAUGGGAGGCCUGGAGUGGUUCCGAUGAGCCCGCCAAGCCAUGGAACCAUUGCUAGUCGGAGGGUUGUGCAAGAUCAGUCUUUCGAUACUGGGCGCACCUACGCCCCUGGCUCAGGCGCUUUGUACCAGCAGCAACCACCAAGCCAAGCGACAAGCUCGCAACAGAAUCAAAGGACGCCGUUGUACUCACAGCCGUCAGGGCAGGAUGGACUUCCACCGCGCAAAGGUAGCUGGGACGUUGCUGCUGGCUUGCAACCAGCAAAUCCGCUCAGCAACUCACCCGCUGUAGCAUCGCCCCGAUCGCGCGGAGCCAAUCUACCAAGGGGAGCAAGCGCGCAGCAAGAGAUCGGCAGCUCGGCCUUUCCCGGUCCUAGCGCCUCGGCCCAGCAGCUCAACGCAGCGGCGUCGCUCUUGCCGGCUACGAGUGCGGCUGCCGGUCGAGCUGGCGAGAAUGCCAACAGAGCCAGCAUGAGACCGGCCAUCAGCAGGCCUAUGAACGGCCAACCGAUACCUGCCGGUGCGCGUUUUGGCAGCAAAGACGAUAGCAUGUCGUCGGUCGACGGUACUGUGGUUUCAAUUUCUUCCAAGGGACAAGACGCGCCAGGCAAAAAGCCGCGCUUCUGGCACCGCUUUGGUAACAGCGACAAAAGUGCUCCGGCGGAACCUCGACCUGUUUUCGGUGUCCCGUUAGAGGAGGCUGUGGCCAUCUCGAAGAGCGUAGAGGGCUUGGAGCUGCCCUCGGUCAUUUUCAGGUGCAUACAGUACCUCGAGAAACGUAGAGCCGCUGACGAAGAGGGCAUCUACCGUCUGAGUGGAUCUUCCGCCGUGAUCAAGGCUUUGAAGGAUCGUUUCAAUGCGGAAGGCGACGUGGAUCUCCUGGCUACUAGUGAGCCUGCGCACGACGUUCACGCUGUAGCCGGAUUGCUCAAAACUUUCCUCAGAGAACUUCCAGCGCACGUACUCACUCGCGAGCUACAAGCGGACUUUAUGCACGCAAACGACAUUGCUGAUCGUCGGGAGCGGGUCAACGAGCUCGGCGCAUUGGUAUCGUACCUCCCCUUGGCGAACUACUCUUUGCUCCGCGUACUCUGCAGCCACCUCAUCAAGAUCAUCGAGCGCUCCGAUGUCAACAAGAUGAACAUGCGCAACGUAGGAAUCGUCUUUAGUCCUACCCUCAACAUUCCUGCCGGCGUCUUUUCAUUAUUUUUGACAGAGUUCGAUUGGAUUUUCUACACGGGCGCAAAGGGCGAGCCAGCACCGCGACACAUGGAAGAAGACAUCCAAGCUCCAGAUAGUGGCGAGCUCGGCACACCGUACUUUCCCGCUCAGCAAUUGGCGUCUGAAGGCCCGAGCGCCUCGUCCAGCGAGAGCGAGACGUACGAAAUGAGUCCACCUCAGGUCAACAGAAAUUUGGAUCCGCAGAGCUCGCUCAAGGGUAGAAGGAACCGAAGCUCAUGGAUCAAAGGCGGACAGCUGCACAUGGGCGACGGUCACAUUGUGACCACCAAUCAACAAAUGCACCGAAACAACCGCAACUCGCUGCAGUACGAUGAUGAAGAAGCGAAUCGGCUGCUAGGCCCGCAAGGCCCUGGGCGACUAAUGUCUCAUCGCGAAGCGGAUGAGAGUGGCGCUCUUGGGCUAUCAAAUCCUCAGGAUGAUUCCAUGUACGAAGCGGCAGACUUUGGAGGGCUGGAUGAAGAUGAAUACCCAGAUACUGCUCUCGGUGGUGCGAGCGGCGGCAUCUCGACCGGAUUUGCUGGCAGCGGCGUUCCGCACUCCCCUCAUCCUUAUGCUUACUCUCAACAACAGACCUUGGGUCUCAACGUUGCCCAAAAUUCAUCGAUACCUCCGAGCCCUGCAGGCAGUGCUCGCUCCCCACGGACCACGGCUAGAGGGCCGGGGGACCCCCAAGCACCUUCACCUCGGACACCUGCCUUUCCGCGCUCUCCACCGCCAGCAGCUUGAGCCAAGGCGAGCUUGAACCUUCUCGCAGCGCUUUUGUGCUCGCGUGUGCUCCAACCUGCUCCGAACAUGCUUCAUAUCGCUGCCCUUCCUUUACCGUGCCUGCCCCGCGAGAAACCUUAUGCAGGGUCGCAUCCGUCUUGGUUCCAUUCAUACCCUAUG